AUGUGGGUCCAACUUCUUUCUCCUCCGGAGGAUCAUAUCACCUCACUCAAUCUUUCGGCUUCGAACAGCGAUUCUCCUGGACUUUACAUCACCUCUUUCAAAGGACGAAUAGCUCACUACAACGAACUUUCUGAGACAAGUAAACCUGCCAGUGUAGUGGAUGGAUUCUAUGAUUGUGCUCUCGACUCUUGUUUGAUAAAUGGUACUGCUGAAAAACUUGUAGUUGGUUCAUUAACAGGGCAGAUAUACAGCAUAGACCCAGUGAAAAGAGUGCUCCAACAAAACUCAUCCUUUGUCCAUGAAUCCGGCGUUCAAUGCCUUGUCUAUAACUCCUAUCGUAAACUGGUUCUUUCCGGAUCUUGGGAUCAUUCUGGUUGGCUACUUCCGGAAGGUUCUCAAGGAGGUAUUCAAUUACACUUCAAGGAGAAGGUUCAAGCGAUGGAUUCCAUAGACAAUUAUGCAGUUUACGCAUUAUCUACAGGUCAAAACGUUGUUUACGACCUCAGGAAGGUCGACCAACCGGUUAAAGAGGACGAUUCUACGUUCAAAUACCCUCUAACUACAUGCAUUUGCAUGAUUCCAGGCUGCAAGGGUUACACACAAGGCUCUAUGGAGGGAAAGGUGUCGGUCGAAACAUUCAACCAGGAUGUCCAGGUCCCAUCAUCUAAAUACACGUUCAAAUGUCACCGUACCGUUUUGGCAGACGACGUCGAAUUCGUGGGUCCUAUUAAUGACAUCGUUUUCCAUGAUAGCACCCGUUUCUUUACGGGAGGAUCCAAUGUUGAUCGUCGCGUGUGCAUGUGGGACUAUCUUACCAAAAAGAGAGUCAAGCAAUACAAAAACCUUCCCUUAGGAGUGUCCAAAAUGUGCUACGACAGCCAAUCAGGCCUACUCGUUGUCGCCAUGAGCGACGACUCGUUCAAGAACUCAGUCAGCAUAGAUGACAAAACGUUCUCUUCGAAAUCUUCCAUAGUUACGAUAAUUAAAACAUAA